AUGAAGCAAAGGAGGAUAAGGAGGUUUGUGCAGGGCCUCAAUGUAGAGAUACAGGAGGCUUUGGCGACGGCCCAAAUCAACACUUUUACGGAGGUUUUGGAAAAGGUUCAGAGAAUAGAAAUCGUCAGGGCACAAGUAAGGAAUUUUCAUGCCAAACGGAGAGAUGCAUCUGGUGGAAGUCAAGGGUCAGCACAGAGUGAUCGAAACAUACCACCCUCUAAAAUCGAUCGUGGAGCUGGAGGUGAAAGGUUUACGGGUAUAUCCAGGGGAGGUACUCCGAGGGGACCCCAAAAUGGAAGAGGACAGGGAAGAGGUGGUCCACAGGGAGGUCAGACCUCCGCUUCCCGAGCAUCGUGUGGAUAUUGUGGGAAGUCGAACCAUACCGAGAAUAACUGUUGGAGAAAAGGUCGGAAGUGUUUAAGGUGUGGGAGUACGGAGCACCAGAUUGCUAAUUGCCCACUAAUCAGUGAUGCUCAGUCGGCUAGCCAAUCAAACCCGAAACCGACCAAUGUAGGAGGGACCAGAUUAAGGGUGCCAGUCAGAGUGUACUCAUUGGACCAGCAAUCGGUACCUGAAAAGACGGAGGUAGUGGAAGGUACGAUUCCUGUUUUUCAUCGUUUAACCAAAAUUUUGAUAGACCCUGGUGCAACCCAUUCGUUUGUUAGCCCCACAUUUAUGCUUGGAAUUGAUGUGAAAGCUAAAAGGCUACCAUACGACUUAGAAGUAAGAACACCUACUGGUAAUCAAACUUUACUUGCGAAUGAGGUGUAUAAAAACUGCGAUAUAUGGAUCGGUGAGCGAAAAUUAGUAGUUGACCUCAUAAGUCUAGCCAUUAAGGGGUACGAUAUUAUUCUAGGCAUGGAUUGGCUAACUUAUUAUCAUGCCCGAAUAGAUUGUCGUGUGAAAGUGAUUGAGUUUUGCAUACCGAGUGAGGCAACUCUAAAACUAGAUGUGAAAGGUAUUCUAGCCUCAUCUGCCCUUAUUUCGGAAAUUAGGGCUAGGAAAUUGCUUAGUCAUGGGGCACGGGGGUAUCUAGGAUUUCUAGUUAACACCCCAGGAGAAAAGAUUAAGUUAGAAAAUAUGCCAGUGAUCAAUGAGUAUCCAGACGUAUUCCCAGAAGAGUUGGCGUCAUUGCCACCCGAAAAAGAGAUUGAAUUUAAGGUUGACUUAGCACCUGGAACUACACCCAUUUCAAAAACCUCUUAUAGAAUGGCACCCAAUGAACUUAAGGAGUUAAAAUUUCAAUUGCAAGACCUGUUAGAACGGGAAUUCAUACAUGAGAGCGAGUCCCCAUGGGGUGCUCCACUGCGGGGUGUUGAGGUGGACGGUGUAGUUGGAGGUGGAUUGAAGCUGCUGAUGGAGGUUGCAACCAGGGAUGAAGCUCACGUAGUCUCCCUCUUUAGUUCUCUCAUCGAUAAUAACAAGGCAGAGGAGAAUGCUGUUGUGGUCUUGAGGUGCGGUGGUGUGGAGAGGAAAUGGAAAUGA